AACAAACUGAUAUAAAUUACCACCACCAUAGCCAUCUUCUCUGCAAUUGCUCCACUCUCUUCGAUCAGGUUUGUCGAUAUAUUUAUCGGUCAAUAUUGUUGAAUUUGACUAUCUGCAUAUUCCGAUCACCUUCCAUGGCGGCAUCGCUGAUCUCAAACGUCGACGGAAGCCUCGACGCGUCGUUGAUAGAGUCGUCUCGCAAAAAGCGGAGGAAAAUCGGAGCCGUCGAAUCGGAUCGGAAUCCUACUACGAACACCGGAGCCCGAUGGAGAUCCGAGACGGAACAACGGAUCUACUCCACGAAGCUCGUGGAGGCGCUCCGUCAGGCUCGCCAGAGAUCGUCGCGGGCUGCGAAGGUCUCCGGAGGCGGCAGGGAAGUGAAGGAGGCGGCGGACCGAGUUCUGGCGGCGGCGGCCAAGGGCACGACUCGGUGGAGCAGAGCGAUUUUAAGAACUCGACUCAGAUUGAACCAGAAGCUUCACAAACGUAGAACGGCGAGGGUGACCGGGAAUAACCGGUUGAAGAAAGCGGAGGUUAGGAGAGUGGGGAGGAAGUUACCGGUUGUGGAGAGAAAAGUUCGGGUUCUGAGCCGGUUAGUUCCCGGUUGCCGGAAGGCGUCGUUGCCAAACCUUCUAGAAGAAACGAGUGAUUACAUAUCGGCUCUGGAGAUGCAGGUGAGAGCCAUGGCUGCUCUCACCGAGCUUCUCUCCGGUUCGCCGGUUAAUCCCGUCGGCUCCAGCCUCAGUUCUUCGAGUUGACGCUGAGAGUCGCCUGCCUCGGCUUAUUGUGCCAGGUGUUUUUUCCUUUUUGUAAUUUUUAUAAAUAUUUUAAUCUUAUGAAAUUUUUAAUUGGUGUAUUUUAUUGUAUACGUAGCCUUUUUCUCUCUUCUUAGCUCUGCUAUAAUUUCUUUUUCUUUUAUGUUUUUAAUCAUUUAUUACUAAUCGAUUGGAGUAUGCCACCUAA